AAAAAGUCAAGUACCCCCCAGUGGAGUUCUUUAAAAAGAUAAUACAAAAAUUCAAUAUGCCGCUCAACCCAGUUCAGAACGCAAUUGAGCCGAUGCAGGUUGAUGUGCAACCAGAAGAUAAUGAAAACAACGAAGAAGAAGUUUUCAUUGUUGAGGAACCGUCACUGGAUCUCGAAAGCUAUGCAAAUUCUUAUCAAGGACUUGCAAAGCUUCAUCGGUUAAUUUUUAUUGCUGAUCAUUGUCCAACAUUGCGAUUAGAAGCAAUAAAAUUGGCAAUAACCUACGUCACUAACACAACAUAUAACGUCACCAUGUACCAGUUACUUCACAAGAAACUUGCUGAUAUGGCCCAGCCGGGAGCUCAACAACCUCUUCCUGAUGUUGCCUCACAAUCUUUAAACACUCAAGACAUACCACCUUAUGAUUCAAUGUGGGUUGAACAAAAAACUAAAAAGGCUGCUCUCAAACUCGAGAAAUUAGAUAAUGAACUGAAAAAUUCAAAAUCGAAUUCAAUUAAAGAGAGCAUCCGAAGAGGACAUGAUGACUUAGGUGAUCAUUAUCUGAGCUGUGGUGAGCUAUCGAAUGCAUUAAAAUGUUAUUCACGCGCUCGAGAUUAUUGCACAAGUGGACGGCAUGUUGUGAAUAUGUGUUUGAACGUCAUCAAAGUCUCAAUUUACCUUCAAAACUGGUCGCACGUUCUAAGUUAUGUAUCAAAGGCUGAAUGUACUCCAGAAUUUUCAGAAGCACAGAACCGUGAUGCUAAUCAAGCUACAUUGACACGUCUCAAAUGCGCAGCUGGUCUUGCUGAGUUAGCAACGAAGAAAUAUAAAUCAGCAGCCAAGCAUUUCUUGCAAGCAAAUUUCGAUAAUUGCGACUUCCCAGAAAUGAUUUCGUCUAACAAUAUUGCAGUUUAUGGAGGUUUGUGUGCACUAGCAACGUUUGAUCGUCAGGAGUUACAAAAAAAUGUCAUUUCAAGUACGUCGUUUAAGUUGUUUCUUGAGUUAGAACCUCAAGUGCGUGAUAUCGUCUUCAAGUUCUACGAAUCCAAAUAUGCUCAAUGUUUGAAAUUACUGGGGGAGAUGCGCGACAAUUUGCUUCUCGACAUUUAUAUCGCUCCACAUGUUAAUAAGCUUUAUACGAAGAUAAGAAAUCGAGCUCUCAUACAAUAUUUCAGUCCAUAUUUAUCAGCCGACAUGAGAAAAAUGUCUGAAGCUUUCAAUUGCACUGUCCCCGCAUUGGAGAAUGAAAUCAUGCAAUUGAUUCUUGAUGGACAAAUUCAAGCACGAAUUGACUCACAUAACAAGAUUUUAUAUGCAAAAGAUGCUGAUCAACGCAGUUCAACUUUCGAGAAGGCAAUUAAUGUUGGGAAGGAAUUUCAAAGACGAACUCGAAUGCUUAUUUUGAGAACAGCGAUGUUGAAAAAGCAAAUUCAUGUUAAGGUUCAAGCACGUGAAGAUGUUGCAUCGUCAAUUCAACCACAAUCUGUUCGCAAUUAGCAAUCACCACAACAAUCAAUUUAUUCUCGAGUUAUGCAACAUUGGUUCUGAAUGACUUAAACAUGAAAAGAUCAAAAGUUGUCACAGAGAAGAAAACAGCAUAAAGAAAUGUUUUUAUUUAAAAGAAUAUCUAGACUCGUGUUUCUUUAAGAAACAAGAAAGAAAUUGCUGAAGAUGACAACAAUUCUCUGUUAAAAACAAUUUUUCGCUUUCUCAACUGUCACAAUUUUUUUUUCUUUGUUCUGAAACAGCAAAUUUCUCACAAGAAAACCUCAACCAACAUUCUUCAUGUUUUUCAAUUGAACCUUCUCUGUAAACUUCCCAGCACUUUUAAAUAAUGCUGUAUGGAAGAAAAAUCAUUAAAAAUGAAAUAAAAUGUAAAGAUAAUAAAUUAAUUGUUUAAAUCGGA